AUGUUAACGAAGUUGAAGGAAUUACGCAUAAAAGAUCUUAACGUGAUCGUAAAUGCAAAUGGGAUUCGAGUAGUGGGUAGUAAGCAAACUAAAAUUGCGGAACUAGAAAAGGUGUUAGGAAGUGACGAAAUCGACACUGAAGAUUACGACCUAGAUAAAUCUGAAGAAAGCGUAAGCAUGGCAAAGCAGUUUGAAGAGCUAAAAGACAUAGUGAUGAAUUUAACCCAAACGGUGCACGCAAUGACUAUGCAACAGCCAGAGGAGGUCACGCAACGACAGGAAAGUUUGGCUGAGGCAGCAGUGACGGGUGUGCGGACGGAGGCAAUAAGUUCACCAGUAUCAACAGCAAUCACAAGGGCAGAUACAGUACAAGGUAACUCAAUUGUUAAAGAUGUUGUAGGAGUACUGCCUGAGUUUGAUCCGAUCAAAGGUUGCAUAACAUCUGAACAAUUUAUAACAAAAAUCGAACAGCUUCAACGACAUAAAAUGAAGGGAGUAGCAAAGGAAUGGCUGGAUGCGCAACCAGUAUUUGAAACUUGGCAGGAGUUUGUACGGGCGUUAAGCCAGGAUUUUUCAAGCUUAAUAAAUUCGGCAGAUGCGCACAGAGAGAUGAUGCGACGCAAGCGUAAAUAUAACGAAACGCUUACCGAAUAUUUUUAUAGCAUGUUAGCUAUGGGACGGAGAGCGAAUAUGGACGAGCCAUCUAUAAAUUCGUAUAUAAUAAAUGGGCUAAAUCAACCGGAGUCUACAAGAGCAUUGUUAGCAAUAAAUGUGCGUUCAUGCUCAGAACUUCUUCAGUCGAUACAAAAUAUGAAGUCAGCCCAAAGUGUUCCACAGCAUUUUAAUUUCCCAACGGCAAAGUCAGCAGACAUUAACUACAAUAAUGAAAUAGCAAAGGGACCCAAGUGCUAUAAUUGCAAUCAGAUGGGGCACAUUGCAAUCAAAUGUACGGCUCCACAACGAAAAUUACGCUGCACGAAGUGUUUAAAGAUAGGCCAUGAAGAAAAGAAUUGCAAGACAAAAGGUUCAUCAAUAUCACAAGUUUACGAAGAAAAAACAAACGCGUACCCUCCAAUUCUGAGAAAAAUUAAAAUUGGGUCUUCUGAAGUGUUAGCAUUUGUAGACACUGGGAGCGAUAACACUUUAAUUAAAGAUUCUUCUGUUCCGAAAGAUCUGUUUACAUCUAUUCAAGUGGUUCCUGACGAAUUCCUCGUGUAUCCAGUUCUCCUAGGUAGAGAUGUCAUCAGCCAUAACAAUAAUCUGAUAAAAACUGAAACUGAAACACAAGUAGGUGUAUCAGUUAAUCGACAACAUUUUGAUAUAAGCGCUGAUAUCAACGGUACACAGCGCAAGCAGGUGAGUGCCUUACUAAAACAAUUUGAAAGUUGUUUUGCCGAAGAUCUUUCCAAUAUUGGCAGAUGUAAGACGGCAGAAAUGAAGAUCGAAGCAUCAUUUACGAAACCGAUUUUGGGCAAACGUACAUCACCACACGCAGCAUCGGCGUUAUUAGUACCCAAGGCAAACGGGGAAAAUCGAUUAUGUAUUGAUUAUCGUGCAUUAAAUGCAGUGACGGUUAAGAAACAAUAUCCAAUGCCUAUAGUGGAAGAGCAAUUAGCUAAAUUGGCAGGGAACAAAUAUUUUACCACCUUUUAUGAUCCCGAUGGUUUGUUUGAAUAUAAUGUUAUGCCAUUUGGCUUAGUCAACGCACCAAUGGUAUUUCAAGAGGUCGUUUCAAACAUAAUAAGAGGGCUUGAGAAUCAGCACAAGAUCAUUAGCUACGUGGACGAAGUAAUCAUUGCAUCAACUUCAGUUGACGAGGGACUAACCAUAUUAAAAGAAUUUCUUAAUGCAAUGGCUUCAGCUGGCUUAACGUUACGACCGUCGAAAUGUUCUUUUAUGCAGACAAAAGUAAAGUUUUUGGGACACGUCAUAAACAAUGCUGGUAUUCAGCCGGGUACAGAGAAAACACGAUGUAUUGAUGAAUAUCCACAACCGAGAAACGAAACUGAAGUACGCAGAUUUUUAGGUGUUACAGGAUUUUUCCGUAAAUUUGUUAAGCAAUACAGUUUGAUAGCUCAACCGUUAAGUAAAUUCCUCAAGAAAAAUCAUCAGUUUAUAUGGGAAGAGGAGCAAAACAACGCUUUUAAACUUUUGAAAGCAGCCAUUACAUCACAGCCUGUAUUGACGUUAUAUGAUCCAACAAAAUAUCAUGAAGUUCAUACAGACGCAAGUGCAACAGGAAUUGCUGCAGUACUAUUUCAACGAGAGCAAGAGAGUUUAAGACCAGCGUUUUAUUAUAGUCGUUUGUGCAGUGAUGCCGAAAAUCGCUAUUCAAGCCACGAACUUGAAGUACUGGCAAUUACAGAAGCGCUAGAAAGAUUUCGAAUAUACUUGCUAGGAGCAAAAUUUUUAGUGGUAACAGAUUGUAACGCAGUAGCUACUCUUAAAGCGUCAACAGCACUAAUACCACGUGUAGCUCGUUGA